AUGAUUGAGACAGGGGACCCUAUUUCCCCUUACUUGUUUGUUCUAGCUAUGAACGUCCUUUCUAAUAUGCUCAAUUUGGCUACUGCUAAAGGCAUAUUUGCUUAUCACCCAAAGUGCAAGAAGAUUGGGCUAACUCACCUUUCUUUCGCAAACGACCUCUUGAUUUUCUGUAAAGGCAAUGUCGAUUCCGUGGUUGGUGUUCUAAGCGUUCUUAACCAAUUCUAUCAAGUUUCAGGGCUCAAUCUUUACUCUUCAAAAAGUGAACUCUUUGCAGCGGGUAUUUCAUCCAGGACGUUAGAGGAAAUUAAAUUCAUUUCUGGCUUCAAGAUUGGGAACUUGCUUGUCAGAUACCUUGGCAUACCUCUUGUUAUAUGGAAGUUAACUGUCAAAGACUAUGAACCAUUACUCGGGAAAAUCAAGCAACGGUUGCAGCACUGGAAACUCAUACUUCCAGCUUCCAUUUUUAAAUCAGUGGAUCAUCUAUGUUCCAGGUUUUUCUGGAAAGGAGCUGAUACAUCAGCAGCCAGUGCUAGAGAACAUGAUUUAUGGAACUUUAAAGCAAAAUCUAACGUUAGCUGGAGCUUUAAUAGAAUUCUCAAGUUGAGACCAAUUGCUUAUCCUAUUGUUACGUCUGCUCCUCAAUCGAUUAGGGAAGUCUGGGACAAGAUUCGAUCACAAGGCAUGAAAGUUUGUUGGCACAGGCUGAUCUGGUACCCUAUGCAUAUUCCUAAGCAUAAUUUGAUUUCCUGGAUGGCCUUAUUGAAUCGAUUACCUACCAGAGACAGGUUGCAGAGAAUGGGAUUAUGUUAUGAUGCUUUAUGUGUUAACUGCUGUCAAGACCAAGAAUCGCGGGAUCAUCUCUUUUCUCAAUGUUCUUUUGCUGUUGGACUUUGGAAAUCUGUUUUGCAACUGAAUGGUAUGACCUUUACUCCCCUCACUUGGGAAACAAUGGUCUCUAGGGCAAGCACUACUUGGAAAGGGAAGUCUAUUAUCACCACCUUAUUAAAGAUUUCUUGGAACGCUUUUAUUUACUCCAUCUGA